ACAAGUUCUAUAUAUAGCUAGCCACUUCAUUCUCACUUCACCCGUCAAACAAAUUAAAGCCAGCAGCUUUAAGCCUUUAAUUUCUCUCUGUAGCUAGCUAGAGCUUAUUAGCAAAACUUGGCCAACAUCCUAUAAAUAAUGAAUAAAGUAAUACUAAGGGUGGAAGCACUACAUGAGAGGAAAUGUAAGAAAAAAGCCAUGAAGAUAGUGUCGAAUAUUGCAGGGAUUGAGUCAGUGUCAGUGGACAUGAAUGAAAACAAGUUGACGUUGACUGGGGAAAUGGAUGCUGUGGAAGUUGUUGGGAAGCUGAGGAAGCUCUGUCACACUGAAAUACUGUCUGUUGGACCAGCCACAGCCACAGCCACAACCACAGUCAAACAAGAGCCAAAGAAGAACAAUAAAGAACCUUCAAAUCUGGAAGCUUCUAUUGUACCCAUUCAAGCUUAUCAUUAUUAUUACACAAGUAUGGAGGAGAAUCCCAAUGCCUGCGUUAUCUUUUGAUAACUUAUUUGGAUUAUCCGUUUUCAAUUUGCUGCUUUUAUUUCUUUUUUUGAUGUUUAAUGUUUUCUUACUCUCAAAAUGUUGGUUAUGGAAAUAAACUGAUGGCCUCGUUAAUGAGAGGAACUUUUAUUUUUCUCUUCAUCAUUUGUAAUUACUUAUGAUUGGAAAACGACAGUACGACACAGAUUUCCAAGUGGAAUCCAAA